AUGGUGACCUGGGAGCUGAGCGAACAUAGGCUCAAGAAAUUGCUCAAAGUUGCAGACCUCCAAGCUGGAGAGUCGACCUCUCCCGAUGCAACCAAUAGAAACGUAGAUAAGGAUGCGCAGAAUGUUCAUGCAAGUGGAGAGAAGGAAAACGGCAGUCAAUGCGCCAUUUUAAACAGCGGCAGCAAAUCGAAAAAGAAGAAGAAGAAGUUGUCUGCAAAGCAGGGAGCGGACCCUUUCGUUCCCAGCUCAUCGAUCGACCCCACACUUCCGCUUCCUUCCAAUGUCGAGUCGCACUACUUUGACGCAGUCAAAGGAAAGGGCCUGCUGGCAGCCAAGGACUUUGCAGAAGGCGAAGUGAUCUUCACAGAAGAUGCUUACAUCCCAGGUCCCCCAGGACAGUACAUCAGCAGCAUGCUGCUGGGAGAGCUAUGCGACUAUUGUUUCUUGCCCGUUUCCACAGCGACUGGCAGCUUGAGCGUGGCAUGUUCGCAAAAGAAAGACGGCUGCCAUGCACGCUGGUGCAACAGGCUUUGUGCGAAUAGGGCUAUGGCGAGCCAUCACCCACUCAUGUGUGAUGGAGGCAACUAUCUCAUCCGGCAUUUUAACCAUCUCGUCGCAAGCGCAAAGUGGGGUUCAGCACUUGUCGCUGCUCGAUCGCUCUGCCGUAUUCUUCUUACCCACUCUGCACGGCCCGUUGCUUCACUUGAGAGCGCAGUAACCACAGCAACAUCAGCUGCCUCUGUCAAUGUCACCGGCGCCUCUGUAGGGACGAGGAACGCAGAAACGGAGACCAAGCCUGCAAGCGCAGAGGAAGUGUUGAGGCACAUCAACGCUUUCGCCACCGUCAACGACAUCAUUCGUCGAAGCCGCAACCCCGCAUGGGCCCUCGAAAUGCAGCAAUUCACUAGUUCCGUCAGCAUGGCAUACCAGCUCCUCCUCGGUGCGAUUCAGCCUGAGUCUGACGCAAGGAAGAAAUUGCUUGAGCAAGCAGACUCUGGCAACCCGGAUAUCAAGCCGUCCCAGGUGAAGAAGGCGCGCGACUUCCCCAUUAGAGGCACUUUCCCAAAGGCAAUCUUGGACCAGAUUUUUACCUUUGACUACUGGCAAGAGCUUCUCGGCCGGGCCAACAUCAACAUGGAGAACCAUGGAAGUCUUUUCCUCGUGCAUAGCCAGCUGAACCACGCAUGCCGGCCGAAUGUGUCUAUCCGUCACAUGGCUACCCGUGGAGGCGUGCGACCAGCAACGAAGAUCACGGCGGUCGCAAAUACUACCAUCAAAAAGGGAGAUGAGCUCGUGAUCUCCUAUCUCAACUUGUCUGAGGAUGCCGGCGUGCGUCGUCGCCGCCUCGUCCUUUGGCGCGACUACAUGUUCGGCCCGUGCGACUGCUUGCGUUGUUCCCGCGAGGUGGCGGACAUGAGCGCAGAAGAAAGAGCGGCUCUCGAGACGGAGCUCAAGAGCGGCGAUUGGAAACAUGACCAUAAGAAGGAUGAGCUCAAGGAGCGAGUAAAACAGAUGGAACUCAUGCAACAGCAGCAGCAGGAACAACAGCAAAAGAAAAAUGGCGACCCGCCCCAAAUCGAAGAUGCCAAUGGGGAUGAGAAGAGUGAUCAGGCGAAAGACCGCGACCUCUCUGGGCUUGCGGACGAGGUCAAAGCGGCAUUGGGUUAUUGA